CGAAUCAUGUUUACCUCGUUGGCAUAUCCUGCUUCGGGUUUCCCUAGCUAAUAGCGAUGACAUAAUUUUAACGAAUUUUUCCACAGAAUUUGCUUUUGGGAUUAAUUUGUUGCCUCUUUGCCAGCCUGCCAGCAGAUUCUCAAAGAACAAACAUUUCUACUGAAAAGGGAAUGGCGUCGAAAAAUGAUCCAUUUCAAUUUCAAGAAUUUGAGGAAGCUGGGAAUCUUCUGGAAUCUAACAGAGAUGCAGUCACCAUUAGCAUUGAGGAUGAGGAUUUAAAAUCCAAGAGGCAAAGAAGUGCUGUUGGUUUUGCUCAAGAUGUUGGUGAUGAAGAACCACUCAUCAAUGAGGACAGAGAAGAGCUUCUGUCUGGGCAAAAGAAAAAUGCUCCUUUCUGGACAUUUGAAUACUACCAGAAAUUCUUUGACAUUGAAACCCAUCAUGUAAAGGAGAGGAUCCUUGGCUCACUGAUGCCGUGGCCUGGAAAAAACUUCAUUCAAGUUCACCUUCGUAAAAACCCAGAUCUUUAUGGACCAUUCUGGAUUUGUACCACUCUUGUGUUUGCCAUUGCUAUCAGUGGAAACCUAUCUACUUUCUUGCGAUACUUUGGCAAUUCAAACUAUAAAUAUACCGCAGAGUUUGGAAAAGUGAGCAUAGCUGCCACAGCCAUCUUCAGCUAUGCAUGGCUUGUGCCUCUUGGACUCUGGGGUUUGCUGCUGUGGAGGAGCAAUAAAAUCUUGAACCUGGUGUCAUACUCGUUUAUGGAGAUUGUCUGUGUCUACGGAUAUUCACUGGCAGUUUACAUUCCAGCUGUGGUUCUGUGGAUUCCACAUGUUGAGUGGCUGAGGUGGCUCUCCAUCGUGGUGGCGCUCUGCCUGUCUAGCUCAGUACUGGUGAUGACUUUCUGGCCUGCACUCAGAGACGACCACCCCAAAGUCAUCAUAGCAACCGUAGUAGGCAUUGUGCUGCUGAACGGGCUGCUGGCUGUAGGCUGUAAGAUGUACUUCUUCAACGAACCAAAGCUCGGACCACUACAUGUCAGUCCCCCUGAAGCAAAGACCAAUAGAACAUCUUCAUGAAGGACCUGCUUUCAUUGGGUGAAGGUUCUCCAGUUGCAUUAUUAGAGAGACUCAAGUUCCUGCGUUGAUGAAGUCAUGGGUGUACUGGAUUUCACCGGCACCUCGGCCCUUCCAGAUUAAGGCCUUAAAGGCCGACUUGUAACUUCGGUGCAGCGUCAUGACCUCUGAAAAUGAAAACUGUUCUUGAGUAUGUUACUUCUAAUGGGAUGGCUUCUAAACUUACUUAAGUUAAUUGGGGUGUAGUAUUACACAGCAAACACAAUGUUAUUGUGGUGGUGAUGUUGUUUCCAGCUUUAUAGCACUAAUGUUAAAAUGUAAAAGAAAAAAGUGGUUGGUGAUUGCAGGAUCAGUGAUAUUUCAUUGAUCUAUUUCUUUUUAUCAUUUUUAUAGUUGUUUCAUACAUACCCUCUGAAGGUAAAGGUGUUGUAUUUUCUUAAUAUCAAGUGCCCUUAACUAUUGCCAAAGCCUGGCAAGAUGUCAAAGUAAUGUUUGUAAAUAUUCUAUAAAUAAUUUGUUGUCAUUAUGGCUAAUUAUAGUAAAAUCUAUUAAAAUCCAUGUUAAUUUGUGUGUA